UUUCUCAUGAUUGGCAGGCGUUCUAAAUCAAAACCGCAAGUCAAUAUGUUGCGCAAAGACAGUUUUCACAGUACAGUAGUGCUUAUGGCUUGUUUUGUCAGUAUAGCGUUGUCGGCUCCACAGGAGUUUGAGUUGAAAGGUUUAGUAGAUGGUAGCAAACCUGUAGUCGUACACGCACGGCCAGCCAUCACUGCAGUACUUGCUGAGAGACAAGGAGCUGCCGCCACCAACGUCCCUGUUGUUGUUCCUGCCCCUGGUGGACCAAACGUGGAGACCUGCCCCAACUUUGAGACGCCCUUCCACACCGUCUCCACCUGCAGGGGCGUGUCGGAGCUCAUUCAGGACGGGUCCUGUGAACCUCAGGUCACCUGGUCUAAAGGUUCGAUGUGCGACGCCGUCUGCGAGACCGGCUACGGUUUCUUCAACGAGCCCGCGCCUAAAUACUCCUGCGACCAGGGGGGGCAGUGGAGCCCUGUUGGCAAGGCCCCCGAGUGUUACGAAAUUGUGCCGGUGCACUCUGCGAACUUGCAGUUCAAGAUCACAUACCAGCAGCAGAGCAUCGAAAACCUGCAGCACCAAUUCGACGGUCUCGUCUACAAGUACAACGACAUCUUCUGCCCGUACCCAGAGGAGUGCGGCAUCGGCGACCUACAGAUCAAGAGCAGUGCGGAUGCGGCUGGCAAUAAGUUGAGCGAGGUGAUCAUCACGAUCGACACUCCCGUGUACAACAUCACCGACCAGUCUGGCUUCAUUGACCUCGUGAAGGAAGCCGUGCUUACAGUGAACCAAGACAACGCCUUCAUGACGCUCAUCGACUACGACAACAUCGAGCUCGUCCUCCCCACCACCGUCAACAGCCAGUACAAGGCGGAGCCCAUGCUGUGCUGCCACUCCUGUCCCGACGGUCAUGCUUACCGUCUUGGCAACUGCGUUUUGUGUCCACCCGGUGGCCCUUGCGACAACGCCGUCUAGAGAGACUUGUCACCUGGCAACAGAUGGCACCUGGAAACAGAUGCCACACUCCACAGAUGUCACCUGACAGCAGAUGUCAGCGCCAAAAGAACUACAUCAUCCGAUUAAUUUCCCGAAACCAAUUUUUACCAUUGUUAAAAAUUUCGUUGAAAAAAUAUUAAAAACUAGCCACUACUUAUGAUCCAUACAUUAAUUUAAUUAAUUUUUCUCCAUAUGAUGUCGUUGAUUUUCAAACAUACCUUCACAAAAACUGAAUCAAUCCAAAACAAUAGCACCGUUGGAGCGUUACGUGUGACGGAGAAAUAAAUAUAUCCAUGUUAUGAAUUAUUUGCUCAUUUCAAUGAAAAAUCUUAGGACGAUGGAUGAUGCGUUUUUUCAUGCCAAAAAUGAUCCAUAUGAUAUAUCCUUCCGUCCAAUGCUAUAGUCGUCAACACGUUUGUUACCUCUUAGCUUCAUGAUAGCGCUCGUUUUCUGACGGAUGUGCAAUAUAUUUUAAUUAUUUGAGGUUGAUGUUGAAAAUUUUAAUCUUGUAAAUUGGUCGCAGUAUAAGCCAGUACAUUUCUGGUAUUGUUGCUUAAAAAAAACUAUUUUUAUAACAUUUAUCUUCUAGAAUGGUGAAAAUUACUUUGGAUUUGUCUAAAAAUGCUAGAUUAUUUCACUCCUAUAAAGUAAAACAGCAUAAUAUAUCUAACUAAUAUGAAUGAAGAAGUCGUUUACAUUCUUUAUUGUGGUUGAUAAAUAAAUAAUUGUUUAUUUCAGACGCCAUUUUGCAAGAGCUGCGCUACCACGUUUAAAUUUAAUUAGUUAUUUAGAUUCUCUUGAUAUUGAUUUUUAAGCAAUAAGUUUGUACAAUCUUACCCCUUUGGACGUCAGUUACAGCUCUGUGUAACUGAGUAACUCUAAUGAUGCGUGUCACCUCACUCCUAGGAGUGUGAAAAUCGAUGCCGUGUUUAGUUGAUAGUUAUUUUUAAAUCAUAUUUAGUAAAACAUUCUCCUCUUAAAACUAAAACCUUCACCAAAAUUUUUGUUUUUGAGCUAAUUAUUACUUUUUAUUAUCAGCUCACAAUUAGAAUAAUUCGAAAUCAUGAACCUCUGUUACAACUAAAUCAAGUAUCCAAACUUUAGAUGUUUCCUAGCUUAUAACAUAAUCAUUCUUCUCUUGCUCCAAUAGUAUUAAAUUGUCCAGUGUUGAUUCUAACGUCAGCGUUCAGAUAUUUCCAAAACUUCCGUGUACAUACAUUGUAUAGCCCUAAUUACUCAAUAAACCUUCUCUCUCUCUA